AGGAAAAUCAUUCACUUACAUUUGUCGACGGAGGCUACUCGCUUGUCAUAGAAUAAACAUUUUUUUCUCAACUGUUAAUCUGUUAAUAUCACAAUGACUAACACUGUGGAUGACGAUAGAAUAACUGGAGGUGAUAAUCUGCCUGUUACUACAGCUGCUGUUACUAUUCCAGGACCAUUAUUUCUACGUACUGUUGAUCGAUAUCCUAGAACACCAAAAUGUGCUCGAUGCAGGAACCACGGCGUUGUUUCAGCAUUAAAAGGACAUAAACGUUAUUGUCGCUGGAGAGAUUGUGUUUGCGCGAAAUGCACGUUGAUUUCUGAGCGUCAGAGAGUAAUGGCGGCCCAGGUUGCCCUAAGACGUCAGCAGGCACAAGAAGAGACUGAAGUUCGGGAGAUGGGGUAUCUUUAUGCGUCACAAAGUAACAGUAUUCCACAAGGACUGGAGACGACAGGGUCGAUUUACCCAGAGAGUAGAGUCCGGGCUGGCUCAACAGGCAGUUACAGUGAUUCUAGCGACAACGAACAACCUCCUCCAGCGAAACGAAUGCGUAUUGAAGACAGUUAUACAACAGCAUUAGGAAUGGCAUUACGUGACACCGCUCACAGUCCAGAUAGUCGAGGGUCAGUGUCACCACAUAGUACCACAUCUUCUUCUGAAUCUCCAGUACCAGAAACGUUCAAUCUACACAGCAACCCAGAAGACAGUCAAGACGGACUGAACAAAUCUAUGGACAUGCUACGUCGCAUUUUUCCUCAUAUGAAAAGACACGUAUUGCAGUUAAUUCUCCACGGUUGCCAGGGAGACGUAGUUCAGGCGAUCGACCAAAUAUUUAACUCACAGUCAGAAUCUGACCAUCUUUCUAAAAGAUCAGAACCGGUACCCGCGUUUAUUGCGGCACCAACAUAUCCUCCAACCACCAUAGACAGUUCAAUUAAAUCUGCAUUUACACCAAGAAGCAUUUCAGGAUUAGCGGCUUCGCAAACCUUAAGUUCGCUGCGAUAUACAUGGGGUGGGAUUCCCACACAUGGACUCUUUACAACGCCGUAUCAGUCAAUGUUACCAAGUAUAGCUUCGGGCUACCAUCCUUACUCCGGACUUCCACAAUCCUCCGGACUACCACAGUCCCCGCCGGUGUCUAAACCAGUUAUGUACUCCUCCUACCCGUUUUCACACUUUACACAGGACAGACCCACAGAGUCUAGAUAAAUGAACAAAAACUUUACGUCACGGUGACAUUUUAAAGUGGUGUUUAAAAUAUAAAUAAAAUGCUUAUAAAGUGAACUUAUUAUGAUGAUUGUACAAUGCUGGCAGAGACAGAUAUUAUAGUUAAUGUCAAAUCUGGGACAUAAUAUUACAUGUGAAUUGUACAGUUUAUUGCUAAAAUACUAGUGCAUUUGUCAAGGGAAACAAUAAAUAACUUUAUUGAAAUAGAAAUAUAUUCUGUAAAUCAUUCAGUUUUGCAUUUCUUCACAAUUGUGAUAAAUUACAUUAAUAAACGAAGAUAUUAUUUGAUAUCGAAUUGUAUACUGUCUAUUAUUUAUGUAAUAUCUUUAAUUAGAUAAGUAAAAAAAUUAUGUACAAGUUAUAACAAAAUAUUAUGAUGUACGUUUUCAUAACUACCAUUAAAAAUCUGCUCAAAUGUCAUGUUAUAAUAAAUUAUUUCAAAACUUA